AGCUGCGGCAGAACACUACGCGACUGCACCUCCAGCAAUCCUCUCAUCCAACAACUGGCACAAUACUAGCAUGACGGGUAUCGAGCGCAGUCGAGUCCCUCCGCCUAUAUCCCCUCCUUUGAACUACACGGCACACGGCAUUCCUGGAGCUGUGCCCGUGAAUAGAGGCUCGGUUGACAGAUUGCCUCAUGCGUAUCAGACCAAUGGAUCUUUGACAAGUCAUGGAUAUCUUCAACAGCACAAUCCGAGAUAUCCUCAAGACGUCUACUCUGCCCGCAAUUCUGUUUCUUCUUACUCUCCCGGAAGCGGCACUUCGUACUCAGGUUCUACCAUGCCAACCCAUUUUCAAGAAAAUUCUGGACUCACCCGUCACGAUGGGCCACCUUUCAAAGAAACAAAUGUUAUCCAUCCAAUUGUCAAUGUGCGAAACCAUCAACUAAUUCCGGAGAUAACUGCAAGCAUACAAAAGGGCUUUUUCCAAGUCGAUCAGAAGUGGACCUGUUACCGCAGAAACUACUUUGCAGUAUCUUGUGCAUUUUCAUUCAAGAAUAAUGGUUGCGACACCCCAUUUUACCUCCACCGCAAUGGCCAGGAUGAUCCCAUCCAAGGUUUUGCUGUUUCAAUUUCAGCAAAGACCGCUCUCGGCGGAAACAGCGAGAGCGAGACCCGUGGCCUUGUUCAGCACACGCCUAAGCGUGACAAGGCCACAGAAACCGUACCUGGUAGACACUUGAUUUCUCCGACACCUUCUCAGUCGAUGAGCACAAAUGGAGCAUACACUGGCGUGGCCCAUUUGUACGGGACACAACAUCACGUUCCUCCAACGAUGAUAGGAGCAUACGGAGCUUUUGACAACCAUAGCGCCAAUGCUGUUCCCACCACAUAUACUUUUGAGAGAAUACAAUUUCAAAAGGCAACGGCCAACAAUGGUAAACGCCGAGCGCAACAGCAAUACUUUUUGCUUGUUGUGGAGCUCUCUGCCAACAUUGCUAGAUCACCAGGCGAUGAAAAUUGGGUUGUGAUUGCCACCAAAGAGUCCGAUCCUAUGGUUGUACGUGGCAGAUCACCUGGUCACUAUAAAGACAACGGCAGGCGAGACAGCCAAAGCAGCAUGGACCCUGAUCGUGGAAGCGGGCACGGCGGUGAUGGUGGUUCCGGAUCACUGCCUCCUUCAGGUUUCUCUCAGUCUCAAUCACUCAACUGGCAUAUCGAGCACCACCGACAGAAUGGACAUUAUCCAGGUUCUAUCUACCGACAGGCUAUGCGCUCAGACUUCUCGCCUGUGAGCAUGGCUUCGUCAACCCACUUGGGCGGCACGCCAACUGAAAGCGAACCUAUCUUUGGCGACAAUCGGCCAGCGAACUCACCCUGCACGCUGUCCACGAUCCAUUCUCCCCUGACACCACUUUCUGAAGGGAGCGUGGAUGAAGACAUGAUGUUCCCCUUUAGCCGCCCUCGCAUGGGGCGCAAGAGGUCAUACGACAAUGACGGCCAUGAUGAGCAGCCAAGGCUCCAUCUUUCAGGGCUAUUCACUGACAGUACUUCGUCGGUAGUCGAAUUCUCGACCAACCCAUACUCGAAAUUGCUGUGUGCAUCAUCCUAAUCACUACGAGCACAUGUGGUCGUGAGGCGACCUCAGGCGAACCUGAACCCUUUCAGGAGACACCUGGGGGCCAGCCUCACUUUUGUUGAACAAGGGACAUUUGUGGAGUUGCAAGUUUAGGCUUUUUUCUUUUGUGGUAUAUUUAGCGAUACGGAUACGAGAUUUACGGUUCA